AUGAGAGUUGCUCCUUCUGUGUCAGUUGCAUUGAAUGCAGCACCUAAAGCGGAUAUAUGCACCUUCCUAAGCAGGUCGUGCAGGCUUAAAAGCUGUACCAGAGAUCUGCUAAAGGAAACACUGGCAGGAAACAGAGAAAAAUAUGGCCACUCCUUUUCUGUUCAUCCUGCUCCAUCUGCUUUCAACCUCCGCUGAUGAUUGCAUGGGCCCUCCCCAUAACAGUCUCACUUGCUACAAUGAUUACAGUCAUAACAUCAGCUGCACAUGGAAAAGCUCACAUCAUAAGAAUGAUGCCUGCUCAAUAUAUGCUGAACUGCCCAGAAAAAAUUGUGCUUUCUGUAAGCUGCAGCCUUUUGAUGACACCAGACCAGACUUGAAGUGCUCAUUGAUUUUUAAUGGAACCGAACUGUUCCAAAGCUUUACCAAAUUGUCCAUGAAUUUGAGCUGCUUCCCUUCAAAACAAAGUGAAAUAAUUUUUUACCGGCCAGCAUGUCACAUAAAGGUGAAUCCCCCUCCAAAGCCUGAAGUCAACUUUACCAUGGUUUCCUGGUUCUCCCAAGUUCCAAAGCCUACAAACAUUAAAUAUUACCUAUACAAUACAGAGCUACAGUGGAAACGAAAGGGACACGGAUGGAGCGAUCUACGAACCAAAACGAGUGUAUGUAAAUGGGAAUGUACGGCGCAGCUGGAUGAAGACUUGCUUCUAGAAGGCAAGACAUAUGACGCCCGCGUUCGUGUGUUGGCCAAUUAUAACUUUGGCUUGGCUGGGGCGAGUUGGAGUGAUUGGAGCCCCACUGUGUCUUGGGUGCCCAGACCAAGAUCAGGAGAGGAUGUGGUUGAUCUGAACUGGGCUAUUUUGAGCCUAGCAGUGUUUGGUUUGUUGCUGUUGCCUGGCGUGUUCAUCGCAAUGCGCAAGAAUGCCUGUUCCAGGAUCUACAUACUGAAGAAGAUUACAGGUCCACCUCUGCCUGAUCCUACAAAGUCAACACAAUUCCAGACCUGGUUGGAUCCGUACGUCACCAGUGAAUUCUAUCAGUCCUUCUUAAAAUCAGCAGACAUCGUCUGUGUUGAAGAAACAUCCGCCGUGGACGACGUCACACCCUGCAUGCCGGACAUAAAAAUGAUGCCAGAGUUCAACGAAUACGAGUCCAGUUGUUCCAGCUUCUCCAACCACAGUUACUCUGGGUUUUGUAAUCCUCCUGUGUUCCCUCUCACCGCUGGGAGUCCAAUGUCCCAUGCUGUCGAAGCCUCCUACAAGAACGUUCCUGGUCCCAAAGCUGAGAAAAAUAAAAACCAGGACAGUGAUGUUGCGAGAAGAGAAGCGGAAAUGGUUAUGGCACUUCUGAUGGGUGGAAUUAACCAUGAGGCAGUGGUGAUUUCUGACUACAAAAGUGUUCAGAAACUCGAGACCGAACUCCACAGUUUCCAUAGUGUGGACUCAAGCAUGACCAGUUAUGAAGAAGUCAGUCAGGAAAGCAUGGAGGCAGACAGCAUCAAUAUGGUUGAGGGGACCCCAUGGGUGCAAGAAAACCAGGAAAUAAAUAACGAAGGGAACGAGACAAAAUCAAAUAUUCAGAAGUUGUUUGAAGGCAGUGAGAGCAUCUUGGGCAAAAUCACCGUUGUUUCAGAUUACAAACAAAUUCCGACGAUCCGGGCCGAGAAUACAGAGUUCCUCCGGCUCCACAGCGCAGAUUCGGGCAUGGACAGUUACGAGGAAGUCAGUCAGGAGAGCAUGGAGGAAGACAGCAUUCAUAUGAUGGAAGGACAUGAUGAUGGGUCACUGAGCAAGGAGCGGAAGGAGAGUGAAAUUCAGAAAUUGUUUGGAGGCAUUUUCUGUCAAAAUCCUCCUCAGGGUUUUUCAGAUUACAAACAAGUCCCAACAUUCCAGGCUGAAAGCCUUGAGCUUCCCUGGGCUUCCUGCCUGGAUUCAGGCGUUAACAAAGUAAACUAGGAGAGUCUGGAGGACAUCUUAUCAUCAUGGAGGAGGAUGAUAAGACCGCCGAAGGUACUCGCUUCUUAUUUCCUCCUUUUCCCUCCCCCUGCUUUGGCAAACCCCUUGAUAUUUUUGUCACAACAGCCCUUGUAUAUAUUAUAUCUCAAUCAAAGCUGGGUUCUGUUUUGCCACCACUGCAAAUGAAACAGAUUAUGUCAGGUAGCGUUGUGCACCAGUCCCAUGACAAAGAUUACAUACCAGUAAGGCAGGGACAGAGCAAAGAAUGGGAGGCUUAAGUGUCUGUCCCAUGCAAGGCAAACAACAAGCCAUAAUGCCCAGCAAAAUAUGGCAAUAUAAAACAUACGCAGUUAGUCACUGGUAUUAUUAUUGUUGUGAGGAUUUUAUCCAUUUUCCCAGUGUGGAAACUGUGGAAGUUGUGAUACUUCUUGGUGAUUUCUGAUAGUCCAGUAGACUCGGUUUGAUUGGGGGCCAAAGUUACAUUUGUUGCAUUUUCAGCAGGUAUGGUUCACUUUGAUGCAGCACUGUGUCAAACGAACUAAGCCAUUUGAAAAACCUCUUGCCCCUCCCCAUCACGUAUGGUGGCGCUGCACCAAGGACCACUGAAGGAAACUACACAAAAACCUCUGAAGAAGACGUAAGCACAACUUCCAAAACGUACAGACAAAUGGAAGGUGCCAGAUGUCAACGGCUGUAGGAUUUCUCUUUUGUCCUUGGCAAAAGAUCAUGAGCCAUUUCUGCCACUAGCGCUGGACUCACAGGUUUGUUUUUGUUGUAUUUACCCAGAAUGCCCUGCACCAUAGUCUGCUUCCUGCUUUUGGAGUGGUCUCCAGUCCACUUGACGUUCAGAUAUGCAUUCAAGCCCCAACAGAGUUCCAGAGUUCACGGAUCAGAGUUCGCUUUUUUGGUCCGCAUUAGAGUUAGCCUGCACAUUCACAAACAAACCAGACUUUCCAGGCUAACGAGCCAGAGUUUGAUGAAUGCACCCUGAAUGAAUGCAUGUAAUCUGACUUUUUUUUUUCUUUACCCCUGCUCUUUCUCAUUAAAAGUAAAAAACAACAACAACAAAAAAAAAACAGUAAGCAGUGGCAGUUUUUGCAUGUAUGCCACCCUGGGCAGCAUGUUUGCAAGAAUGAGGCCUCUUGCUAACAGCGAACAGAAUGCCACAGGUUGACUUGUACUCCGCCUAUUGUGGGCUGACUGCCAUACUGCCUGAAAAUUAAUCAAAGCCCAGGAUAUCCUCUCAGACGUGGGCUGUGCUGAACGAUGUUCAGCUCAGCCAGGCAACCCGCCUCCUCUUGCGUCACCGACAAACAGGAUGCAGAUCAACACAGGGGGCUGAACAGCACACCAAAAAUCAUGGGGGGGGAGGUAAUAAGUCAAGUAUUGACUGACUACUUGUGCAGAAGAUUGAGUAAUCACAUGUGCAAAAGGCUAUGCAAUUUACUUAGGAAGUUCUAAAUUGUAAACAUUGUUCUUAAGUUUUUCAUUGUUCUAAUACUUCCCUGAGCAACCGCUAAUGUUUACCCUUGUCAAAAACUGCCACUGAACAUAAGUGAGCCUUGUGAGAGCUUAUAAUGCAUUUAUUAUACAAAAAUGUACUGUCAAUACUAUAUCCAGUGUUAUAACAAGUUGUUUAUCUUUAUUUCUAAGAAAAUAAUGGGUCUAUUGUAUGCUAGAUCCUAAAUCCAGACCAUUUUUAUUGAUAAUUUCCUCAAAUGUUGCUUAAGAGUUGUUUUUUAAAAAGAUUUGGCUGCUCUAGUAACAUGAGUGGCACAAAUGCAUACAUCCCAAAUUUAAAGCUAGUUGAUGAUAAAGGAAUAUAAAGUAUUUGAAGCUGCAGACUUAAAUGUAAGAAAUCCUUGUCUGUCUUCUGUUUUAAGACAUGUACAGUAGCAUUUAAUUUGAUGUUUUUUCUCAGAACAAAACAAGGACUUGUGAAGUUUAGAUCUGUGGCGCUAAGGUGAACUUUGAACUUCAAAGCAGCUUGGAUGGGUGAUGCGUGUUGAUUUGUGAUGGAGGGUGGAUAGUCUUAAGUAAAUUGCCGAAAGUGUUAAGUAGCAAUAAAUGCUCUACUAUUAAAUCAUAAUGCAUGACCUACAGUACAGUCAGGUGUUUUACAAAUUAUUUUCUAUUACUUCAUUAUCAAUAGUGCAGGGAUUAAUGUUUUUGUAGUUUGUCUUUAAAUAAGAUUUUAUUUUUUGUUUAUACUUCCAUAAAUCUCUCAAGUUUAUGGGAUUUUUACAAUAUAUUGAAUGUAUUUUAUUCUUUUUAUUGGUGUUCUUUGUAUUGCCUAUCCUAUCAAGUAAAAACAUAAACAAAUGUAAUGCACUGUAAGAAGUUUAAUCCCAAUAAAAUAAGUUUUGCAUCUUCUCUA